UUGUUCACGUAGCUACGCGCGGGCGCGGGGGCGGGUGCGGGCGCGGGAAACGUUGCGAGUUCGUGUUCACAUUAACCGCCAGGCGUUCGCGCGAGUGUGACGUAUUGUCAGAGGUCGUAAAUAUGGACGACGAUCUUUUAUUUUUAACCGAAAAUUCAUACCUAAAAUGGGAGAUGCUAAAAAUUAGAAUUGGUGUCCACGAAAUCAAUAAAGAAAGAGAACGGUAUGGUGAAUUUCAUACUUUAUAUGGUAAUUUGAGAGAACAUCCUUCAAGAUUUUUUGGAUAUACCAGGAUGAGUGUCAAAUGUUUUGAUUACAUACUGGAUUCAAUAAGGAGUGAUAUUUCAAAAGUAGACACAAAUUUUCAUAAAAGUAUAAAGCCCGAAGAAAGACUAUUUGUAACUAUAAGAUAUCUCUCCACUGGGUUGGCCUUUCGAUCUUUGGCAUAUAGCUUUCGUAUGGGUGUUAGUACUGUUGCUGAGAUUGUUUAUGGUACCUGUGAAGCAAUUUGGAAAAAAAAAUUGAAUGUCCACAUGCCACAGCCAUCUGAAGACCAGCUUAUGAAUAUUGCUUCAGAUUUUAAGGAGAUGUGGCACUUUCCUAACUGCAUUGGCAGUUUGGACGGUAAACAUUGUAGGAUUAAAAGACCUAAAAAAUCAGGAUCGGCAUUUUUUAACUACAAGCAUUAUUUCUCUAUUGUUUUGCAAGCUGUCGCUGAUGCGAGGAAAAGAUUUUUAACUAUUGAAGUGGGAGGUAGAGGAAAGCAAAGCGACGGCGGUACAUUUAAUGCCUCGUCCCUGAACCGGUUACUCGAAAGAGGUGCAUUUAAUAUUCCGGAACCAAGAACAUUACCCAAUUCUAACAUUACAGCUCCAUAUGUUAUAGUAGCCGAUGAAGCUUAUCCUCUUAAAGAAUAUAUAAUGCGUCCAUACCCACAAAGAACAUUGAAUCAAGAGAGAGAAAAUUUUAAUAAUAGAUUGUCAAGAGCGAGAAAAACCGUGGAGUGUGCAUUUGGAAUUUUAUGCAAUAAAUGGCGAGUUUUGUUAAAACCUAUUGAAACUGAUGUUAAACAUGCACGCCUGAUAAUAAAAACCGCUUGCUUAUUGCAUAAUAUUGUAAUUGAUACAGAUGGUUACGAUUGUGAUAAUGAGUUCACAACUCCAACUCGACACCAAAGGCGACAAACUAGAACUGGAAGAAACAACAAUCCAUCAAAUCGGGCUAAACAAGUUCGGAAUCUAUUCACAAAAUAUUUUUGGGAAAAUAAUCGUUUAAUAUACACGUAAGUCGCCUUUGUAUAAUGUAUCUUUAGUAGCCUUCAGGAAAUAAAAAGUUUAAAAUACCUGCAAAUAAUAACAUAA